AUGUCUGGCGAUCAAGAACUCCAAGUUCUUCAGAACACACAAAACGUUGACGAAUUGAUCACUGCAAUUGAGCAACUGCUAGUGAACGAGUCCCAGAUGAUGAAACAAGAGUGCGCGGAAAAAAUCCAUAACAGGUACAUCGGUACGUACUAUCACGCUCCACCGACAAAUCGAGAGACCGUCAAGAAACAGGCGAAACGCCGAAACAAAAGGAAACGAUUUUCCCUUUUGAAUAUCCGCCAGCGUGCCCAGAUUUCAACGGUGCGUCUCGGAGGAAGCAUCGCCUCGCUGUCUGGUGGCUGCCUCGGCAUUGCCACUGCUCUUGGUUUACAGAAUUCCGUUGCCGCAGCAAUCGGCUGA